UCCUGUUUUUAUGGAAGUGUCUCUACUUGUAAUGACUCUGAUGGAUUAUACUUCUGCACAGGUGUUUGACAGUCUCGGACUUUCAUAUGGUUUACGAUCAGAACUCUCCGAAGAUGCUAUUCUGGUUGCCAAUAAUGGAAUACGUGUUCCAUUCGGUAGAUCUGUCUUUAUUGAUCCAAUCAACGAUCUGGUUAUCCAAGUUCGACCAGGAGAAAAGUGCAGCAUAACAGUGCUGGAUAAUGAUCCUUUGUCACAAAGACCCGGGCAGUUAUCACCAAAAAAGUUUCCAUGCGAAUUUGGUCCGAACGACGUGAAGUAUUCUCAUUUUGGCUCCAGAAGCCCUUCGAAGGACAGGGUGAGAUUACAGCUUCGCUAUGACACACAGACUGAUACCGUUAUCAUACCUUUUAUGAUGGAGGUUGAGGUCAUCUUCACUCAGUUAGAAAUUCUAACGAAAAAUAUGCCGCUUAUUGUUGAGAAACUGCUUGGAAUAAGUAAUCCUAUUGAUAAAAAGAUUUUGGAGUUCACUUUCGACAGAAGGGCAUACCAGUGUAAAGUGACAUCCCUCGCUAGUGGAAGUGCGUUGCCAAGAUAUGGCAAGAUUAUUGAUGAGAGUAAACUAAGAAAAAUGGUUGAUUGUGAUGACUUUCUCAGACUGAACAUACAUUACCAACACACAUUUGCCCAUCGCUCACCAAACAGAGAUUACAUCCCAAUGUACGUGGAGUUACAAGAUAACGAGGGCAAUAUACUUAAACAAGAGUUUUUCCAGAUUCUGGUACGCGUAAAAGAGGGUGAAGAAAACACACCUCCCAAACCUAGCUUUGUGGCGAUGAUGAUGAUGGAAGUUGACCAGUUUGUGAUGACUGCUAUAACCCCUGAUAUGCUUGCUGCAGAGGACAUUGAGUCCAAUCCCGAUGAUUUAAUCUUCAAUAUCACCUCACCUCUGUCCUUUGAGGAAGGCUAUAUUGUGAGCACAGAUGAUAGAAAUCUGCCAAUCACUUCUUUUUAUCAAGGAGAUCUCAAAGAUCUAAAGAUAGCUUACAAGCCACCCUCUGUGGACUCUGACACUGAGAGAAUUUUCCAAAUUGAGUUUGAGGUUGUGGACACAGAGGGUGCGGUGUCUGACCCUUUUGCAUUCAUGAUUGUCGUUAAACCCAUGAAUACCUUGGCCCCUGUAGUGACCCAAAACACUGGACAGCUGCUGUACGAGGGUCAGUCAAGGCCCCUGUCCAGCUCAUACAACUUAGAGAUCAGUGAUGAGGACAAUUUAGCAGAUGUCAGGAUCUCGGUUAUUGAUGGACUGCAACAUGGAGAGCUGACGGUGUUCGGCUCUGGGAGGAAAUUCUUCACAGCAGCUGCCCUUGACGCUGGCACUGUUGUCUAUCAGCAUGACGGGAGUGAUACCUACAGUGACAACAUCAUUUUCAGAAUGACAGACGGCAAACAUGAAGUGGAGUUCCUGUUUCCGAUCACAGUCGUGCCAAUGGAUGAUGAGCCACCUAUAAUAAAUGCCAACACAGGGCUGGUGUUGUUUAAAAACCAAAUGAUGCCCAUUUCACCUUUAAUGCUCAGUGCUGCAGAUAUUGACUCAGAGGAUUCCACAAUUAAAUUUGUAAUACAGCCUCCCUUUUCCACUAUUGGCGAGGUGCUGUUGCGCCAGUCUGAGGCUCCAGAGGACCCGUCAUCCUGGACGUUCAACGCUGAGAAUGAGGUGUAUGAGAAAGUAAUGACAGAGUGGCUGCAGCAAGAUAUCACAGACGGAAAGCUGUUUUACAGGCACACUGGCCCACACAACGCCGACACCAUCAUGGACCAGUUUGUCUUCCGAGUUCAAGAUGACAAUGAUCCCCCAAAUCAGUCAGGGGAGAGCUCUUUCAUUAUUAAGAUUCUCCCUAUCGAUGACAUUCCACCCGAACUUUACCCUGGCACUACAUUGCAGGUGACUGUACAUGAAUAUCAACUGACCUACUUUCGCAAAAAGUUUUUGCGGUACACUGACUUAGAUUCAGAAGACAGAGAUCUGAAAUACACAAUUACUCAGCCACCAACAGACACAGACGAAAACAGCCCUGAAAUACUCGGAUCUAUUGUUUUGACAGAGAGUCCUAACACAGAGGUCACAGAGUUCACACAGGCCCAGAUAAAUCACCACAAGAUAGCUUACAGGCCCCCUGAUCUUGAGCUGGGAAUAACACCACAUGUGGUACAGUUUCAUUAUACUGUUGAAGACACUUCUGGAAAUAGUAUCAAUGGCAUUUUCACCAUUUUUCUGCAGCCUGUCGACAACAAGCCCCCACAGAUAACAAACUCAGGCUUCUCUGUGCUGGAAGGUGGAACGCAUGUAAUAACAAGUGCUGAGCUUCACACUACAGACGCUGACACAGAUAGUUCUCAGAUAUCAUUUACACUUACCCAACCUCCACUUCACGGUCAGGUACAGUAUUCAUUCACUGACCUAACAAAGGGGCACAGCUUCAAUCUGGAUGACAUCGCUAAUGGCCGAAUCUCAUACAUUCACAACGGAGAUGAAUCACUAAAUGAUUUCUUUCAGUUAGAUGUGAGUGAUGGAGUCCAUGUUGUUACCAUCACUGUCAGGAUAACUGUGAAACCUGUUGACGAUGAGGCUCCAACCAUCAGUCUACCAGAGGGCACUAUUGGUUCCUAUAUCGAUGUUCUGGAGAACGGGGCAACUGAGAUCACCUCCAAUGUUAUUCAGGGUCGAGAUGAGGACACGGAUGAUCUCCGUCUGACCUUUAUUGUGGAGGAUCCCCCAGCGUUAGGUGAAAUUCUGGUGAACGGAGUACCUUCCAAAAGCUUUACUCAAGCAGACAUCAUUACAGGAAUCGUAGUUUACACACAUACUAGUGGAGAGAUUGGCCUGACGACGAGGGAAGACUUCUUUAAUCUGACUCUCACUGACAUGUCUGAUGAAUGGACUGUGGGGGGCAAUAAAAUCAAGGGAGUUCGAGUGCAAGUCACAAUCUUGCCCUUAGACAGCCAAGCCCCUGAGAUCUUUGUAGGACCUCUGUUCAGAGUUGUGGAGGGUGAGAAGAAUGUGAUUGGAAUCCUACAUAUUAGUGCUGAUGAUGUGGACACGCUCAACGAUGAUCUUCUCUGCACAAUCAUUGUUCAGCCCACAUCUGGUUAUGUAGAGAACAUUUCUCCAGCUCCAGGCUCUGAAAAGUCCAGGUCAGGGACAGCCAUCAGUGCGUUCACCAUCAAAGACAUCAGACAAAACCAUAUUUAUUAUGUGCAAAGUAUUCACAAAGGAGUGGAGCCAGUGGAAGACAGAUUCACGUUCAGGUGCUCAGAUGGAAUAAAUUUCUCAGAGAGGUAUUUUUUCCCUAUAGAGAUAAUACCUGCGAAUGAUGAGAAGCCAGAAAUUCACAUGAGGGAGUUUGUGGUAAUGGAGGGAAUGAACAUUGUGAUUGAUACCCCCAUUUUAAAUGGUGGCGAUGCAGAUGUUCCCACCGACGAGCUGACAUUUAUUAUCACAAAACUCCCUAAACAUGGAUUUAUUCUCAAUCAGUUAUCCACUGGUACUGUGCCUGUGACCAAUUUCACUUUAGAGCAGAUAAGGGAAGCUUCUAGUAUUGUCUAUGAGCAUGACGAUUCAGAAACCUCUCAGGAUAAUUUUGAUGUUAUUCUCACAGAUGGCAAGUUUAGUGUGGAGAAAACUGUCAUCGUCAUGGUAAUCCCGGUAGAUGACGAAACACCGCGGAUGGCGAUCAAUGACGGGCUUGACAUUGAGAUAGGGGAGGUCAAAAUAAUCAAUAACAAAGUGUUAAAAGCCACAGACUUAGAUUCAGAAGAUAGCACACUAACCUACAUAAUCCGCUACGGACCAAACCAGGGAUUUUUACAAAAGAGAACACCUCUCGGGUCAUUUGUGAACAUUACCAUUGGGAUGAAUUUCACACAGUAUGAGGUUGACCAGGAUUUAAUCAUGUAUAUCCAUAAUGGACAGGAGGGAGUACGGGACCUCAUUAAAUUUGAUGUGACGGAUGGCAUCAACCCUCUGAUUGACAGGUACUUUUAUGUCACUGUUGGUGGCAUAGACAUGGUGUUCCCAGAUGUUGUCAGCAAAGGUGUCUCCUUGAAAGAGGGAGGUAGAGUGACCUUAACCACAGACCUACUUAGCACCAGUGAUCACAACAGCCCAGAUGAACACCUGAUGUUUAGCAUCACCAGAGCUCCGAUGAGAGGACACCUGGAGUGCACUGACACACCAGGAAUGCCAGUCAGCUCCUUCACUCAACUCCAACUUGCAGGCAACAAAAUCUACUAUAUACACACAGCUGAUGACGAGGUGAAGAUGGACAGCUUCGAGUUUGAGGUGACAGAUGGCUACAAUCCUGUGUUUCGCACAUUCCGUAUUUCCAUCACUGACGUGGACAACAAAAAGCCUGUGGUUACCAUUCAUGGACUGGUGGUAAAUGAGGGCGAAAACAAGCUGAUUACUCCUUUUGAGUUAACUGUGGAGGACCGAGACACAGCAGAUCGACUUCUCAAGUUCACGGUCACUCAGCUGCCAGUCCAUGGCCGACUGCUGUUUAACAACACCCACCCCAUCACCUCCUUCACCAAACAGGACCUGAACGAGAACAUGAUCAGCUACAAGCAUGAUGGGACUGAGUCUGCCUCAGACAGCUUCUCUUUUACUGUCACAGAUGGAACUCACACUGACUUCUACGUCUUCCCCGACACAGUGUUUGAAACUCGAAAGCCUCAGAUGAUGAAGAUCAAAAUCAUCUCUGUUGAUAACGGUGUUCCACAGAUUGUGGUGAACAAAGGGGCUCCCACACUGAGGAGCCUGUCCACAGGUCAUCUGGGAUUCAUGAUCACCAGCAAGGUUUUGAAGGCGCAAGACAAAGACAGUCCCCAAGGCACUGUUACCUUUACGAUUACAGUGGGUCCAGAGCAUGGCUACCUCAUUGACCUGGGAAAAGGCAAUGCUAGCAUCACCACUUUCACCCAAGCUGACAUCAAUGACAUGCAUGUUUGUUACAUACUGCGAGAUGGAGACAAUGCCACCACUGACAUUUUCCAUUUCUCCAUUGAAGACAGUGGAGGCAAUAAGCUGAAGAACCAGCAGUUUCGUCUGAACUGGGCCUGGAUUUCUCUGGAAAAAGAGUACUAUGUGGUGGAUGAGGAAGCGAAGUUCCUGGAGGUGAUCCUUAAACGGAGGGGCUAUCUCGGAGAGACAUCUUUUGUCGGCAUUGGGACCAAAGAUGGCACUGCACAGAAGGACAAAGACUUCCGUGGAAAAUCCCAGAAACAGGUCCAGUUUAAUCCAGGCCAAACAACAGCCACCUGGAAGGUGCGGAUCCUUUCUGACAUCACCUUUGAGCAGUCGGAGACAUUCCAGAUUGUUCUGUCAGAGCCUGUUAUGGCGGCGCUGGAGUUCCCAGACGUGGCCACAGUGGAGAUUGUUGACCCUGGAGAUGAGUCCACAGUAUUCAUUCCCUCAGCUGUCUAUUCCAUAGAGGAGGAUGUUGGGGAGUUACUGAUCCCUGUCAGGAGAACAGGGGAUGUCAGUCAAGAGCUCAUGGUCAUCUGCUUUACCCAGCAAGCUACUGCCACAGGUACCAUCCCCACCACGGUGCUGUCCUACUCAGACUACAUCUCCAGGCCAGAGGAGCACAGCAGUGUGCUGCGCUUUGACAGGGAUGAGACAGAGAAGUCGUGCCGCGUCGUUAUCAUUGAUGACUCGCUUUACGAGGCCGAGGAGAGUUUCAACGUCACCCUCGGCAUGCCCAUGGGUGGACGACUGGGCCCAGAAUUCCCAACCACUCGGGUCAUGAUCCUGCCCGACAUGGACGACGCACCUGUCUUCUACUUUGGGGAAAUGGAGUACCGUGUAGAUGAGAGUGAUGGCUACGUUGAGGUGAAAGUAUGGAGAACCGGCACUGACCUUACCAAAACGGCCACCGUCACAGUCCGAUCGAAAAAAACAGACCCUGUUUCAGCAGAAUCUGGCAUAGACUACGUUGGUAUCAGCAAAAACUUGGACUUUGCCCCAGGGGUAACCAUGCAGAUCUUCCGUGUGACAAUCCUGGAUGACCUGGGCCAGCCUGUGCUGGAAGGGCCAGAAAAAUUUGAGCUGGUCCUCCGUAUGCCCAUGAAUGGCAUUCUGGGAGAGCCAAGCAAGACCACCAUCUUCAUCAACGACUCUGUCUCCGACUUGCCAAAGGUGCAAUUCAGAGAUGCCAUGUAUAUGGGCAAUGAGAAUGACAGGCAGAUCUCUGCCAUCCUGUACCGCAGCGGAGACCUCAGCUACAAAUCCACGGUGCGCUGCUACAGCCGUCAAGGCUCUGCCCAAGUCAUGAUGGACUUCAAUGAGCGUCCGAACACAGAUGCAUCCGUCAUCACCUUCUUACCAGGGGAGGUAGAGAAGCCCUGUGUACUCACUCUGGUUGAUGACACUGACUAUGAGGAGGAUGAGGAGCUGAGACUGGUACUGGGGAGCCCUAAAAGCAACUCUCCAUUUGGGGCGGCCAUAGGAGUACAGAAUGAAACACUCAUUAAGAUAAAGGAUGAUGCUGACAAGGCCAUAAUCAGGUUCGGAGAGACCAAGUUCAGCGUGAGUGAACCCAAAGAGCUGGGCCACGUCUCCGUGGUGAUGGUUCCUGUGGUGAGGGUUGGGGACACAUCCAAGGUUUCAGUGGUGCGUGUGCACACUAAGGACGGCUCAGCUUCAUCUGGAGAGGACUACCACCCCAUCUCACAGGACAUUGAGUUCAAAGAAGGAGACACUCAGCACUUUGUAGAGGUGGAGAUCAUUUACGACAACAUCCGGGAGAUGAGAGAGGCCUUCACCAUUCAUCUGAAACCUGAUGAGAACAUGGUUGCAGAGACCCAGAUGAGCAAGGCCAUCAUCUACAUUGAGGAGACAAACAGCAUGGCAGAUGUAACUUUCCCUUCCGUGCCCAUGGUUGUGUCUCUGUUGCAGUAUGAUGACAUUAGCAGGAACAGUCUCCCAGCUGCAGGAUAUCCUGUCGUCUGUGUUACCGCAUGCAACCCCAAACAUCCCGACUUUGACAAGACAGGCUCAAUCUGCGUUAGCGAGAACAUUAACGACACUCUGACACGCUACCGCUGGCUCGUCAGCGCGCCAACCGGCACUGACGGGGUGACCAGCCCUAUGCGAGAAGUGGACUUCAACACCUUCUUUACCUCCUCCAAGUUCAUCACCCUGGACUCCAUCUAUUUUCAGGCAGGGUCGAGGGUGCAGUGCGCGGCCCGCGCAGUCAACUCUAAUGGAGAUGAAGGUCUGGAAGUAAGCAGCACCAUCGUGUCCAUUAGUAUGGAGGAGGGUAUGUGUCAGCCCCGUGUCUUGGGCACAGUGGGAGCAGAACCCUUCUCCGCCAAACUGCGCUACACAGGAGCCGAUGAUCCAGAUCACCCCAACCUCAUCAAACUGACUGUCACAAUGCCCCACAUCGAUGGUAUGCUUCCGGUUGUCUCCACCCGUCCGCUUUCUAACUUUGAGCUGACGCUGAGUCCUGAUGGGACGCGGGUUGGUAACCACCGCUGCUCCAACCUGCUGGACUACACCGAGGUCAGAACCCGCCAUGGCUUCCUCACUGACGCCACAAAGAACCCCGAGGUAAUCGGAGAGACUUCUCCAUACCAGUACAGUGCCCCCCUCAGAGGGCAGAGCACACUGCGCUUCUACCGUAACCUGAACCUGGAGGCCUGCCUGUGGGAGUUCACCAGUUACUACGACAUGUCUGAGCUGCUCAGCGACUGUGGAGGAACCAUAGGGACAGAUGGACAGGUGUUAAACCUGGUCCAGUCCUAUGUGACCCUGCGUGUUCCACUGCACGUCUCCUACGUGUUCCACUCUCCUGUGGGUGCAGGGGGCUGGCAGCACUUCGACCUGCACUCUGAGCUCAGACUGACUUUUGUGUAUGACACUGCCAUCUUGUGGAGAGAUGGCAUCGGCAGCCCACCGGAGGCAGAGUUACAAGGCAUGACUGUGAAAAUCACACAGUCUCAGCUGCACUGUUUCUGGGCACUUUAUCCUACAAGCAUGCGUAUCAAUGAACAUGGUCGUCUUGUCGUCAACUUCCGCACUGAGGCGCGUUUCAGAGGACUGUUUGUCACUUCACACUCUGCUUCCUCUAUGACCUCUAUGAUCAUCUGUGUGGACCAUCCCGGUUUGACCUUUAACCUGAGUUUAGUGAGGAGUGAGCCCACAUACAAUCAGCCCAUGCAGCAGUGGAGUUUCAUCUCUGACUUUGCUGUUCGAGACUACUCAGGCACCUACACAGUCAAACUUUUACCAUGUACUGCCCACAGUCUGGAGUACAGCUACCCUCCUGUGUGCAACCCUAGAGAACCGGUGACCUUUGACCUGGACAUCCGCUUCCAGCAGGUGAGUGACCCUGUGGCUGCAGAGUUUAGUCUAAACACACAGAUGUUUCUGUUGUCUAAGAGGAGCCUGUGGCUAUCUGACGGCUCUAUGGGAUUUGGACAGGAGAGUGACACAGCUUUCUCUGAGGGUGAUACCAUCUAUGGCCGUGUAAUGGUGGAUCCUGUCCAGAACCUGGGCAACUCCUUCAGCUGCAACAUUGAAAAAGUUUUCCUUUGCACCGGAGCUGACGGAUAUGUCCCCAAAUACAACCCUGACAACUUUGAGUUUGGAUGCUUGGCCGACUCUCCAUCCCUCCUCUACCGAUUCAAAAUCAUUGACAAAGCCCAGCCGGAGACACAGACUUCAGCAUUUGGGAGUAUAAACUUCAACGCUCUCCUUGCAGUCGAUGACCCCCAGGCCUUGUCCCUUGUGCGACAGCCCGGUUCUGACGGCUUCAGGCUAGAGUCCACUGCUCUGUUUCAGGUGUCUACAGGGAGGGAAUGGUACAUCCAUACGAUCUACACUGUUCGGUCCAGAGACAAUGCCAACCGUGGGAUUGGCAAGAGGAGCCUGGAAUACCAUUCGCUGGUAUCACACCACAAAACAGCUCAAACAGUUCACUCUCGAUCCAGGAGGUCCGCCAACGGUGUUCCGGACCUUGCCGAGGAAAUUGGGGUGGACAAAAAUCGAGGAACCAACAUCCUGCAUAUAGCGCUGGACCGGCACAGCCAGCAACUAAACGGCAACGGCAGGGAGACUGACACACAAGGCAUCAUUCCUAAAGAGGUCAGCCUUAGACAGUCAGGAGACGACCAUCUGAUUCUGAUCAUAGGGAUCCUGGUGGGUCUUCUGCUGACUGUCCUCCUCCUCAUUAUCGUUGUUUUGUUGGUGCGUUCCAAGCAGGAGAAAAAAGUUAAGGAGCCUCCCAAAGUUUCAAGCAGCAAAGAGCCUAUGAUGACACAGGAUUUGGACAGUGGAGACAGUUCUGAGGUUUGAUGGACAUUUGGAAGGGGUUUUGGGGG